UAGACGCGGGUUUGUAGUUACUCAUUUGAUUUCUCUCUGAGGUAGAGGAAAGUAAGGACUAAGUGUGGACUGUGGUAGAUGAAAACCUUAAUUUUGUUCCUGCCGCAGACAUGAAUUUCAAAAUACGGGCUUCAACAAAAGACGACUGCAAAGAAAUCUCUAGAAUGAUAUUGGAGUUAGCGGUUUAUGAAAAAAUGCCCGACCAAGUGAAGAUUUCUCAUGAAGAACUGGAGCGGGACGGUUUCUGCCAGAAUCCCUUCUUUGAAUGCCUCGUUGCAGAAGUACCUGAGGAGCAUAAAUCUAGAGAAGGAUUCACAAUUGUCGGAUACGCCCUGUACUUUUACACUUACAGUACAUGGAAGGGACGGUCAGUAUAUAUGGAAGACCUGUAUGUGAUGCCAGAAUUCAGAGGAAAUGGCAUUGGCAAGGGUUUACUGAGCAAAGUUGCUGAGGUGGGGAAGAAGAAGCAGUGUGUGCGCCUGCAGUUGUCUGUGUUGGACUGGAAUACUCCCUCUCGGGACUUCUAUGCUGCUAAAGGAGCUCAGGAUCUCACCGUCAGUGAAGGCUGGCACUUUAUACGCUUUGAUGGACAAAACCUGGACAAUUUAGCAAAUGAAGCGCCUAAAGAUUAGACCUUUGCCAAGGAAAACGUGCAUCAUGCUGCGAAUAAAAUGUGAUUGGAUUGUUUUCUACCAUAAA